UUUAUAACCAGUCAAGUGAUAAAGACGUCCUACAGAAGUGAAACCAUUCCGUUUGUAGUCAAUUCAGGUAGCAAAAGCACACAGGACAAUUUGUGUGUUUACCUGUACUAUCGGACCCAUUCCACUGUGUGUAUACGGGAUAUAUAUGGACCAACAUUUAUUAAUUUCGUUCACAAGUUGUGUGUUAACUCAAAGUGUAAAUGUAUAUAUGUAAUUGCGUUCACGUUGUCGAUUGCCAACAAGGUGAUUAAUACACAAUGAUGGCGGCAGUUGAUGGUGAUUCAAAAUCGAUACCACUCACCGGCACCAAACCGGCAACUCCUACGGGUAGAGCAGGACGUGGCAAUGGCAGUCCUGUCAGGCAAGCCACCCCACCUAACAGAAACGCGUCUCGUGCUGGUAGCGGCCGUCACAAUAAAUCGCCAAUCCAAAAUGGAAAUGGUGGAAAGUACAGCACGAAUUCAUCUGUCGAAAAUGUUAAGAGCCAGAACCAGGAGGGACAGCCAUAUUCUCAACGGAUGAGUGAUAUAACGGCAGAUUCCGUGAAAGCAACGAAACAUUCUUCAGUGUCAUCGAAAUUUGAGGCUGAAGAGCCUUUAGCAGACGCCAAGAACACUCGACAAACAACAGAGUACACACGUCCUAUUCAGAAAGACCAUGAUGAUAACGAAACACCAAAGAAGGUACAGGAGACAUCAACAGGAAAACUCAAUGGAUCUACUGUUCCGGUAAAGAUAUCCGAUCCAACACCAAGGUCAACUGUUUCUGACAACAAAAGUAAAACGUCAAAAGACGAGGACGAGGACGAGGACGAGAGUGGCGGCAUCUUUCUGACGCAGUCUUUAGUGACCCCACGGCUGGCUGGUUCGGAUACAGUGAGUCCUAGAACGUCUCGUGUGACUUUCAAAUCUGAGAAAAUGGAAUUUAAAGACAAAGACACGCCCCCUGAUGCUGCUAAAUCGAUGCAACUUGUUCCUGUUAAAGAUGGCUCAGCAAAAGAUGACAUCGACGUCUUUGCGGUUAUGGACGAUAUUGUGAGGUCUGUGGAUUCAAAACCGAAGAUAGUCUGCAGUGUUUGUGACAAGACAUUUUCAAGCCCUCGUAUUCUACCUUGUCUGCAUUCACUUUGUUUCCCUUGUCUCGACAAAAUCUUAACUGAAUCGUCAGAAGGACAAACAUUUCCUUGCCCUGAAUGUAAUGAAAACAUUCCACGGGUCUCACCCGAGUUCAUCAAUAACGUAUAUCUGGAGGGAAUUCUGGGAGUUGAGAACUCAAAAAUGGGUGAAUCAGCUUUUUGUGAGAUUUGCUCUCUAAAGAACAAGAAAACACCAGCCAAGUACGAAUGUCUUGAUUGUGUCGACCUUUUGUGUGAUGAUUGUGGCAACGCCCACUUAUCGACACGUGCCACGGUAGAUCAUCGCGUGGUGUCACUCCAGGAGAUUGCCACGGGCAAAUACGACGGGGAAAUAAGGAAGAGGAUCCGUGUUAAAUGCCGCCACCAUAAGGACGAACCGUUGGAGAGUUUCUGUAAGAAGUGUAACUCGAUGGUGUGUCGCGAGUGUAUGAUCUUUGAUCACCGUGGUCAUGAUUAUGCUACCUUACAUGAUGCCCACAAAGCAACCGAGACUAAUCUGACGAGUCUCAUGGGCAGUGUCGCUAGGAAGCAACGUGAGAUUUCACUGAAAAGAACGAGAGUUGAUACGGCAAUGUCUGACAUUGACACAAAAGAGAGGACUUUAAUAGAUUAUGUUGACGAUCUCACAAAACAGAUGAUACAGAAGCUAAAUCGCGAACGAGAGGAAAUAAUCGGUAAACUUCAAAGGCACAUGAACGUCCAGAGAACCGAGUGUCGGGGCGAGAAAGUCAAAAUUGACAAAGAGCUUGUCCGUAUCAACAGUGGACUUGCAUUCUGUCAUCAGGUAGCGCAUAACGGAAAGCCGGAUGAAGUGAUAUUUAUGGCACCUACUCUCUCCAGAAGGCUAAAGCAUUUGUCACAGUCCCCAAUAGCGGACCAGCCAGAUGUAGCACUGGAGUUUCCCAACAUCAGUUUGACGGACGAAUACAAGAUCACAGAAGCUGUAGAUGUCUUCGAGUUCACACCAGAAAAUGAAGACGUCACGUCUUCUCGAAUAUCCAAAGGGUUCGGUAAAACGAUGACAGUGUCUUUUCAGUUUAUGGAUAAAAUCAACAUAACAGGACCAAAAGAUUACCUACCACCGAAAAUCACUGGACUGGCCUGCACGGGUAAUGGGAGCCUGGUGAUUGCUGAUGCCAGCAAUUCUAAUGUAAAACUCUUUUCUUCAACAGGAACCUUCGUUGACACUCUCGUCACCUGCAGGCCUGUCGCUGUGGCUGCGUGUAGUAAUACCGUCUGUAUCAGUGACCGCUUCACCAUACAACUCAUAUCCACGGAUAAGAAGUUCAAACGUAGGAUUCCACUGGAAGGCUCCGGAUCACUGUUUGCUGUGUCCGACUUUCAAAUGAGGUAUUUUACCUUCGUAGCUCCUCUACAACAAAAGUUCAAGGUUUACGAUACAAGAGGACAGUUCAGUCAUGAGUUCCCCAUGCCCAGAGCUAGACGAAAGGGAAUGCACCGCACUGUCAUGCAUAUCGCUUCCAACAGUAAGGGAGAGAUGUUGACGUCCGACUGGGGAUCAUCCUCAAUCGUGCAUACGAACACCGAUGCCGAGAUACUGCACGAGUACAAAUGUGGCUCGAUUGGUCGCUAUAACAACGGUUGGAUGCCAGGAGCGCUCUCUGUCGACGCAUACGAUAAUGUUCUUGUGGCUGAUCAGCAAAAUGACCAGCUCAUGAUCCUGUCUCCUGACUUCAAAGUCAUCCACAAGCGGAAAGUCAGGCGAGACAAACUGGAGCGUCCAAUCACCAUGGCAAGCGACACACAUGGUCACUACUUUGUUUCGGGCAAAGGCAACUUUGUCAAUGUCUACAUGUGCAAGUAUGGAUAAACCGAAAUAUAGUGUGUGAAACUUUAAAUCGAGGGACAUCAGCGUAAACUUUACAUAUUUGGAUUAAGUCGAAAAUUUCCCUUAUCAUGGAAACUACUUUAUAAUACCUAUAUGAUAUAUAGUUAUUGAUCAACAUGCACAAUAUAGAUUACAACGAUGAAUCGAAUGACAAUGGAUUAUUCUGUGGCAGAAUUUACGCAACUAGUUUACGUUUCUAUUUAAUCACGCUAGGGAUUAGGUGUUAUUAAAAUACCGUCGUGUCUCGGCCGUGUAGCCCUAUAUCCAGUCACGAGACAAGCGAUGUUGUACUGGCGAGAUACUGUCGUUUGGUAUUAUAUGAAAGAAUAGCCGGUCUCACUAACAUACGCCUACCUCCUGUCUCGUGUGUACGGCACUCAACACUUACAUCUAUCAUUGUACAUAUUGUUAGAUAUUUAUUAGCAUUUCUUGAGAAAAUCACUUAUUGUUAACUUCCAUUUGUCUGAAAGAACUGCUUUGACUAUUUAUUUCACGUAGAACUCAAUUGCAUAUAUACAGGGAUUUUCUUAUAUCUAGCAUUGUUAGUUUCGCAAUUUAGAUGACAAACAGUUUUUGUGAGGAAUUAGAUAAUUUAUUUUGCCUAUUUAUUAUUAAAUAAUUACUUAUUUACUACAACAGGUCUUAUUGUACAUCUUUACUUUAUGAAAACUAAGUUUCAUGUACACGCUGGUAUUUGCCUGACUAAUGAUUCCAUAUGUUGUUGAUUGCGGCCUUUAUAACGCACGAAGAGUAUCGCUGUUUCUUUAGUAAUACAAAACAGAAAAUCAGUACGUGUCCUUGGUUUCUGAUUCUUGUAUUAUAAUACUUCGUAAAAGAUCAACUCGACAUCCAUUGAAUGGUUUAUAGACUAUAUAAUUCGAUAGAAACGACAGCACCCUUUAAGAAGUAUACGACUCUAUAGGUGUGGCAUAAAGCACAGGUGUCAAAAGGUAUAUAUUAAUUGUCGGUAUUAUACUCUCAAUAAUGAAACAGGUUUUCUUGUUCGUUUAGCUAAAAUUCUACACAUCGUAAGUCAUUGAUGGAUAUUUUUUCCUUGAGCGUAAAGACAUCCAAUUCUGUCUCUUCUUGAUAAAUGGUGUGGUUCUGGUAAAAGGAGAGGAAUCCAUAUUAUUCCGUGGGGUGUAAACCAUUGUCAUCUAUCAAAGCCAGCAUUCUGCCUAUAGACCCUGUUGAUACAUAUAGAUUAGCAUUCCGUACACUUUAUUCAUCCACCUAGGUUAUCAUUCAAUAAACCGUAUUUAUCCAUCUAGGUUAGCAUUCAAUAAACCGUAUUUAUCCAUCUAGGUUAGCAUUCAAUAAACCGCAUUUAUCCAUCUAGGUUAGCAUUCAAUAAACCGUAUUUAUCCACCUAGGUAAGCAUUCAAUAAACCGUAUUUAUCCACCUAGGUUAGCAUUCAAUAAACCGUAUUUAUCCAUCUAGGUUAACAUUCAAUAAACCGUAUUUAUCCAUCUAGGUUAGCAUUCAAUAAACCGUAUCUAUCCAUCUAGGUUAGCAUUCAAUAAACCGUAUUUAACCAUCUAGGUUAGCAUUCAAUAAACCGUAUUUAUCCACCUAGGUAAGCAUUCAAUAAACCGUAUUUAUCCACCUAGGUUAGCAUUCAAUAAACCGUAUUUAUCCAUCUAGGUUAACAUUCAAUAAACCGUAUUUAUCCAUCUAGGUUAGCAUUCAAUAAACCGUAUUUAUCCAUCUAGGUUAGCAUUCAAUAAACCGUAUCUAUCCAUCUAGGUUAGCAUUCAAUAAACCGUAUUUAUCCAUCAAAGUCAGCACUCCACAAACAUUGGUUAUCUAUCCAUGUUAAUACUCUACAAACCAUGGUUAUCUAUCUAUGUUAACACUCUACAAACCAUGGUUAUCUAUCCAUGUUAAUACUCUACAAACCAUGGUUAUCUAUCCAUGUUAAUACUCUACAAACCAUGGUUAUCUAUCCAUGUUAAUACUCUACAAACAUUGGUUAUCUAUCUAUGUUAACACUCUACAAACCAUGGUUAUCAAUCUAUGUUAACACUCUACAAACAUUGGUUAUCUAUCUAUGUUAACACUCCACAAACCAUGGUUAUCAAUCUAUGUUAACACUCCACAAACCAUGAUUAUCUAUCUAUGUUAACACUCUACAAACAUUCGUUAUCUACCUAUGUUAACACUCCACAAACCAUGAUUAUCUAUCUAUGUUAACACUCCACAAACCAUGGUUAUCAAUCUAUGUUAACACUCUAUAAACCAUGGUUAUCUAUCUAUGUUAACACUCUACAAACAUUGGUUAUCCAUCCAUGUUAACACUCCACAAAUAUUGGCUAUCUAUCUAUGUUAACACUCCACAAACCAUGGCUAUCUAUCUAUGUUAACACUCCACAAACCAUGGUUAUCUAUCCAUGUUAACACUCCACAAACAUUGGUUAUCUAUAUAUUUUAACACUCUACAAACAUUGGUUAUCUAUCUAUGUUAACACCCUACAAACAUUGACCAUCCAUCAAAGUUGUUGCUGUACAUACUAUAGUUAUCCAUCUAGGUUAGCAUUCUAUAAACUGUAGUUAUCCAUCUAGGUUAGCAUUCUAUAAACUGUAGUUAUCCAUCUAGGUUAGCAUUCUAUAAACCGUGGUUGGUUGUCCAUCUAGGUUAUCAUUCUAUAAACUAUGGUUGGUUUUCCAUCUAGGUUAGCAUUCUAUAAACUGUAGUUAUCCAUCUAGGUUAGCAUUAUGUAAACUAUGUUUAUCAAUAUCUAGGUUAGCAUUCUAUAAACUGUAGUUAUCCAUCUAGGUUAGCAUUCUAUAAACUAUGGUUGGUUAUCCAUCUAGGUUAGCAUUAUGUAAACUAUGUUUAUCAAUAUCUAGGUUAGCAUUCUAUAAACUGUGGUUGGUUGUCCAUCUAGGUUAGCAUUGUAUAAACUAAAGUUAUCCAUCUAGGUUAGCAUUGUAUAAACUUAGGUUAUCCAUCUAGGUUAGCAUUAUGUAAACUAUGUUUAUCAAUAUCUAGGUUAGCAUUCUAUAAACUGUGGUUGGUUGUCCAUCUAGGUUAGCAUUCUAUAAACUGUAGUUGUCCAUCUAGGUUAGCAUUCUAUAAACUUAGGUUAUCCAUCUAGGUUAGCAUUCUAUAAACUUUGGUUAUUCAUUUUGGUUAACAAGAAAUACAAACCAUGGUAAUCCAUCUGGGUUAACACACAACGAACCAAAUGGUUAUCCAUCAAUCAAUAAAACGAAAACUAGAUUUUAACAACAGGUUUACAUAGGGACUCUUAAAUUCUGCUUCAUCAACGCUUUGUAAAUCUAGGUCAAAUCCUGGUAACAUAAAGAUCUCAAGAUGAAAACCAAGGUGAUGACAACAGAAACAUUUGCAUUCAAAGAAUAUCAUGGGUUAUCACGUUGGAGACCUUCGGUUUGUCGGGAAAAUCAACAGGAAUGGCCCUUUCUUGUUCUUGAACAUUACCACAAUAAAUUGCUGAAUAUUCUAUAAAUAUAUGUUUCAUCAGUUAGCAUCUAAUUAUGAGUCGAGUAUACCAGAUGCAUUUUCCAAUGCUUGUCACAAUAGAAAGACACCACCACAACUUCACUGCUAUUGGGAGGAACAAAGUCUCAGUGUACCUUAAAUUUAUAAUGGUGAAUUGAAGUGUCUCGAAACUUGAAGAAUCCUGUAUAUUUCAGAUAAGAUUAAAAUGCGUGGCAAUACUUGGCGACUUUGACGUAAUGCUCUGUGAUAAUAUUCGGUGAACAGCAUCAACAGCCCUUCACAAUUCUGAGGAUGUCAAAGAUUGUAUUUUGGGAUCUUGAGAUAACUACAUGUUAUAAUCAUAUAAUUACAUAUACUUGUAUGUACUUAUGUUACAAUUCAUAGGAAUGUGACAAACAUCAGAGGACUCGUUACCAAACACAGAGUUUAUAAUUCCCCACUCUGCACAUUGUGGAAACAUUCCCAACAGGUUUUAGUUGUGUUCCUUGGUUAAACUAUUAAAUUUUUAAACCCAGAGAAACCUUAAAGUUAUUGAUAAUCUGCACAUCCUCAAAAUGCUAUAUUAUGUCUUUUUAAAAAUUUUGCAAAAAAGAUGGCUAACUUCACAUAAUUUUUGAAUGGAAAAUUCAUAGUGGAAUGUUAUGGCACAUCUUUGAAAAACAAAAACAACCAAUAGAAAAAAAAAUUAAAAACUUUUUUGGAAUAUCUUGGAAAAUAGGUUCUUCCCUUGACCCCUUCAUUGUGUUCAUGUUCAUUGUCACUGACAAAUGAAUAAUCUUCAUGUAAUUGCAAAGUUGAAGUUUCUGAUUAAUUUAUAAUAUUUCAACAAGUCAAGAGAGUGUGUAUAGUUUGUUUAUGGAUGGUAGUGUACUUACAGAAAUGUUUCAUGGGGAAGUAUGGUAGUGUGAUUAUCAGACAUAAAAACACCUAAGUAAAAGCCCUACAAACAACACAACAAAAACAGGGAAUUUUCAGCAAUUUUAUUGCUAUAAUUAGAACAAUGACAAUGGAAUUACCUAAUUGCUGUCAAAUCAAAAUGAAUGUAAAAUAAUGCACCAAAUAAACAAUAACAGAUAUUUCACAAAAAA